UACUCAAAAAUGGCCAUCUCUGUCGCUCUCUGGAGUAUCACCGCGACCCCCGGUGAACCGUCCGUCAUUUCUCCCCCCAGUGACAUCCGGAUCACGAACAUUGCUCUCGGUGAGGAGAUCACCGACGAGAACAGCCGCACGACCAUCAAGCUCGUGUACCGCCGCCCUGGCUCUGACGAGCCGGACAGCGAGGACGAGGAGGACGAUGAGGAGGAGGAGAACGACAACUCGGAGCUCUCCACCACCGUCCUCUGCUCUCUUACUCCCGGCAAGAUUGAGCAAGCGACCGUUGAUGUCGUUCUCACCGAGGACGAGGAGUACCUGAUCGAGGUUGUCGGCAAGAACACUGUGUAUUUGACCGGUAACUACAUCGACCAGAACCCCUUCGACCAGGAUCCGUACGGUGAUGAGGAUGAUUCGGAAGAGGAGGACUUCGACCUGCAGGAUGUCAGCUCCGACGUCGAGAUCAACCCCGACGAGCUGGAAAUCCCCAGCUCCGACGAUGAGGGCCGCUUCGAGGAGAUCGACGAUGCCGCCGCCGCCAAGUCGGCAGCAGACUCAAAAAAGCGUCCCCGUGACUCGGACGCGAUGGAGACCGACGAAAAGCUCUCCAAGUCCCAGCAGAAAAAGCAGAAAAAGCUCAAGGCUGCUAGCGGAGAGGCCGUCCCCGCCGCUACGCCCGAGAAGAAGGAUGAGAAGAAGAAGGAGAAGAAGGAAAAGGCUGAGAAGGAGAAGCCCAAGGCUGAGACUAAGACCGUUGCCGGCGGUGUGAAGCUCGUCGACAACAAGACCGGCACUGGUCCUCAGGCCAAGACCGGUGACAUGGUCUCCAUGCGCUACAUCGGCAAGCUUGAGAACGGCAAGAUCUUCGACCAGAACACCAAGGGCAAGCCGUUCAAGUUCCGUCUCGGCAAGGGUGAGGUCAUCAAGGGCUGGGACGUCGGUAUCGUCGGCAUGCAAGUCGGUGGCGAGCGUCUCCUUACCAUCCCCGCGCCUAUGGCGUACGGCAAGAAGGCACAGUCCGGCAUCCCUGCCAACUCGACUCUCAUCUUUGAGGUUAAGCUGCUGAGCAUCAACUAAGACAUGAGCUCGAUAUCUUGCUUUUGACUUCUUGGUUCCUUCCGCAACGCUUUCACUGUUGAGGUGUUGUGGCCAAAAUUCUGUAGCCAUAUCGUGUCCACCGUAUUGGCUAAUUCAUGACCGUCAUGACUGUAUUUUAGUAGGCGAGAUCUCCUACACGUGCCCUGUGUCUGUACUCGGUAUGGAGAGCAUU